GAGCGGUGAAUUUGAAUUUGUACACAAUAACAAGGUCGAAAAUCAGUCACAAACAUGGUUUUAGCGAGCAGAAUUUUGUCUGGGCUGAGGCAAUGCCGACAGCCACUGGUGGGUCUGCUGACCACCUCGGCAGUCCACACAAGUUCUGCAUGCCGUAUGCUUGUUCCGAUCGUGAUCGAGCAGACAGGCCGCGGAGAACGAGCGUACGACAUUUAUUCUCGACUGCUGAAGGAGCGCAUAAUUUGUGUUAUGGGGCCGAUUCACGACGAAAUGUCUUCUCUCGUGGUGGCCCAAUUACUAUUUCUUCAGUCAGAGAGCAGUAAAAAACCCGUGCACAUGUACAUCAACAGCCCUGGGGGAAGUGUGACCGCUGGUCUUGGCAUUUACGACACAAUGCAAUAUGUGCUUCCUCCGAUUGCAACUUGGUGCGUUGGCCAAGCUUGCAGCAUGGCCAGUCUUUUGCUUGCUGCUGGUUCGCCUGGGAUGCGCCACUCUCUUCCGAAUGCAAGAAUUAUGGUGCAUCAGCCCUCUGGAGGUGCCCAGGGCCAGGCCACAGACAUCCAGAUUCAAGCCGAAGAAAUUAUCAAAAUUAAAAAGCAGAUCAAUGGAUUGUAUGUGAAACAUACAGGACUGCUUCUGGAGAGAAUAGAGGCCAGCAUGGAAAGAGACAAAUUCAUGUCUCCAGUGGAAGCUAAAGAAUUUGGGAUCAUCGACACCAUUCUUAAUCAUCCUCCCAAGAUGGGAAUUGCACAAGUUGAUCCUGAAGAGAAUAAAAACUGACUAGCAUGAAUGCAAAUCAUCGUUAUAGGUGUUAGGGCUGACUUAUCUCCGUUUUUCAAUUUUAUUUGUUACAAUAAAAUUAUUUUUACUCGUAACGUGAUGAUUCUGAUUCCAGGAAGGUAAAAAAAAAAAAUCAAAUAUUUUGGUAUUUGUUAAAAUUUUAUUUUCCAAAAUGUACAUUACAAAGAGGUGAACAAAAAGAAGUAAAAUAAUCUACUUGGUUACAGCAAAAAAGCUGCAGUUGAAUUCAACAAAAGUAUAUGAUCCUGUGAGUGUAUGCAUUUGAACAUCCUGUCUGGCAAAGUGUUAUUGAUUGAGUGAUGGGCUCUCCUCAACAUGCUGUAAUUCUAUGCCCGCCACCAAGAAUCUCCAUUUGAACUGAGUACAAUCUACAUUUUAAACGCAUGCUAUAAAAUUACCUCUACUUAUGUACACAUUUAAAGUUACAAAAAAAAAACACUGCUUAUCGAACAAGACAAAAGUAAACCGUGCACAACAAAGUAAUAAUUUAAUGCUGGAUCAAAUUGCUUCAUUUUUACACAAAACAGUUCACCCUAUCACAGACACAUUGUAUCUUAAAUAGACAACAGAUUUCAGUUGAUAAC